GCCAACUUUGGCCACUGCAGUUUCAGAUAAGUAUUGGUAUUCUUGGUGUAGUAAUUUAUUGGUUGAAGAUCAAAGAGAAGGAAAAGGAAAAGAAGUUCUUUACAAUGACCUUAUACCUCUUGAAUCAUUGAAAGAAACUGGCUUAGAACAGGACAAGAGCAUGCCAAGAGUUAUCAUUGGGCAUAAUGUUAGUUAUGAUAGAUUAAGGGUAUGUGAGCAAUACCAAGUGGAGGGAACGCCAUUACGUUUUGUGGAUACAAUGUCAUUACACAUAGCUGUAAGUGGACUUAUUUCAGAGCAGAGAGCAAUGAUGCUCAAAAAUAAAAAUGCAGAUAAGAAAGUUAGGCUUCCUUGGAUGUUUGUUGGAUGCCAAAACAGUCUUAAUGAAGUCUUUAAGUUUUACUGCCGCACAGAUGAAGAACUGAAAAAGGAUACUCGAGAUGUAUUUGUCAAAGGCAGUAUUCUUGAGAUUCGAGAAGAUUUUCAAAAUCUGAUGAGUUACUGUGCUAAUGAUGUGAAAGCUACACACAUGGUACUAGUAAAGUUGUUACCACUAUUUUUUGAACGACUUCCUCAUCCAGUAAGUUUUGCUGGUAUGUUAGAAAUGGGAACAACAUUUUUACCGGUAACACAGAACUGGCAUAAGUAUAUCAGUGCUGCAGAGUCUGAGUUCCAUAGAAUGGAAAGGCUGCUAAAUGAAGAAUUGGUGAAACAAGCUAGGGGAGCACUAAAAUAUGUAGAUAACAAAGAGUAUGAAAAUGACCCAUGGCUUUGGAGUCUGGACUGGUCAGUACCAAAAGGAAGAGUAAAGAAAUUACCUGGGUAUCCAAAUUGGUAUAGGAAAUUAUGCGCGCACACUGGUGAAAGGGAAGGUACACCUGAACCUGAAAACAUGAGCACAAGUUUACAGGUUGUACCAAGACUGCUAAGAUUAACCUGGAAUGGGCUUCCUCUGCAUUAUGAGAAAAAAUAUGGUUGGGGAUACUUGAAACCUAUGUAUGAUAGUGUGAAUGAAAUAUCAUAUCAGAAAACAACAUUGGACAGCAACAGUGUGUGUCAGACUUUUCCAGUGAAUACUCUCUAUAAGAUGUAUGCUGGCCAGAAAAUUGAUAUUGAAAGUUUCCUAAAAGAUAAAGAAAAUAAGACCAAUGAUCUGCCUGAAACAGAAGAAGAUUGGUUGUCCCUUUUGUCUGAGAGUGAUUCAGGCGUUAAUGUAUAUGAAAAAAGGAAAUUAAGUGACCAAAAUCAAAAGAAAAAAGAUGAAGAAAGAGGGUAUGAUAUUGGGAUUCCUGGUGUUGUAUUUGUUCCAUUGCCACAUAAAGAUGGACCAAGCAAUCGUGUGGGUAAUCCCCUUGCAAAAGACUUUCUUCUGAAAAUUGAAGACAAAACUUUAAGUAGUUACUUUGGAGAUAUAGCAGAGUUAGUUCUGAAGACCAGUAAAUCAUUGUCAUAUUGGCGGAAUAACAGAGACAGAAUACUUUCCCAGAUGGUCAUAUGGAAUGACCAGAAUGAUAAAAGUGGUAAAGAUAUAUCAGAAGCUAAUGAAAAGAAGGAAUGUGGGACUGGUAUUAUUUUGCCAAUGGUAGUAACAGCGGGUACAGUCACUCGGCGUGCAGUGGAACCGACAUGGAUGACCGCCUCUAAUGCCUAUGUAGAUCGCAUCGGUUCUGAACUGAAAGCCAUGGUUGAAGCCCCUCCUGGGUACCAUUUUGUUGGAGCAGAUGUUGAUUCGCAGGAAUUGUGGAUUGCUGCUGUGCUUGGUGAUGCAUAUUUCUCUGGUGAGCAUGGAGCUACUGCCCUUGGCUGGAUGACAUUGCAAGGGAAAAAGUCUGAUGGUUCAGAUAUGCACAGUCGAACUGCCAAUACAGCUGGCAUAUCACGUGAUCAUGCAAAGGUUAUCAAUUAUGGAAGAAUUUAUGGGGCAGGAUUACGCUUUAUUCAAAGGCUGUUGCGGCAGUUCAAUCCUAAAUUAUCAGAAGAAGAAACUCAGCAACGUGCCACCCAACUGUUUGCAACUACCAAGGGACAAAAAGGAUGGUACCUCAACAAUAUGGGACAAAAUCUUGCCUUGGAACUGAAUUAUCCAAGCAGUGGAGAAGCUCUAGAUCGCAAAGAGUCACAAUGGUACAGUGUUGAAGCCAUUUUCCUUAUAUGAUCAUAAUUCUCUUUUGCCCCGAUAAAUAAGUUGUUGAGGCAGGCCAGAUAUAACAAACAUAGAGGCAUCCUUUAUGAUGUUGUGGAUGGUCCUGCUGUAUGGGUAGGUGGCUCUGAGUCGUAUAUGUUCAACUGUUUAGAAGCAAUAGCCAGGUCUGAGGAGCCACGGACACCAGUACUAGGGGCAAGAGUAACUCGUGCUCUUGAAGCAAAGUAUGUGGAUGACCAGUACAUGACUAGCAGAGUGAACUGGGUUGUCCAGAGUUCAGCUGUUGAUUAUCUUCACAUCAUGCUUGUGUCAAUGAAGUGGUUAUUCCAGGAGUACAACAUUAGAGGGAGAUUUUGUAUUAGCAUCCAUGAUGAGGUGAGAUACCUUGUAGCAACAGAAGACUCCCAUCGUGCUGCUCUGGCUCUGCAAAUCACCAACUUACUGACACGUUCACUCUUCGCUCAAAAAUUAGGUUUCAAAGAUUUGCCUCAGUCAGUAGCAUUCUUCAGUGCAGUAGACAUAGAUUAUGUUCUUCGAAAAGAGCCUCAUCUAGACUGUGUUACACCUUCAAAUCCUGAAGGACUGAAUAAAGGGUAUGGAAUUCCUCCAGGAGAGGCACUUGAUAUGCAGAAAAUUCUUGAGAUCACCUCAGGUAUUCUUGAGAAGAAUGGAGAAGUUGCCAGAUGAUAGUGUCAUUUUGCUGUAAGUACCAGU